AUGCCUGCCGUCAAGUCAACGAAUCUCAACGCAAAUCUGGAUGUGGUCACCUUGCAUUCUACGGCGAAAGUUGUUGCGUCGACCCUGAGUGAACCACCCGAUGGCGGGUUGACGGCAUGGCUGAACGUGGUUGGGAGUUUCUUCCUUGUAUUCAAUACAUGGGGCAUCAUCAACGCCUUUGGUGCUUACCAGACAUACUACUCCUCUGGAGACCUUUUCUCGGCAUCUUCCUCGUCAGUCUCUUGGAUUGGCUCAAUCGAAACGUGCCUGUUGCUUACAACUGGAUUCCUUUCUGGCCCCUUCUUUGACCGCGGUGGUCUUCAAACGCUCCUGGUCACAGGUUGCUUUUUGAUUGUGUUUGGGCACAUGAUGCUGAGCAUUUGCAAGACAUACUGGCAGGUGAUGAUGGCACAAGGUGUCGUUAUUGGCUUGGGCACGGGCUGUUUGUUCGUGCCUUGUGUAGCUAUUCUACCUCAGUACUUCAAAUUGCGGAUGGGACUGGCAUCAGGCCUCGCCAUUGGCGGGUCGUCAAUUGGUGGAAUCAUCUACCCCAUUGUCUUCUACCGUUUACUUGACAACAUAGGGUUCCCUUGGGCUGUCCGGACUGUUGGAUUCAUCGCCUUAGCAACUCUCAUCGUGCCCAUCUCGCUACUGCGCAUGAGGGUGAAGCCGGCCAAGGCUCGAACCUUGGUCGACUGGAGCGCUUUCAAAGACGCUGAUUUUGUGUCUUUAGUAGCUGUCGGCUUCCUCGCCUAUACGGGCUUGUUCGUACUUCUGUUCUAUAUCUCUCUUUUUGCAGCAGAUUCGAUGAUCACGGAUGUGUCACUCGCUUUCUAUCUGGUCGCUAUUUUCAACGCUGGAUCUUUUGUUGGACGAACCGUGCCGAAUGCCCUCGCGGACAAAACCGGACCCUUCGACAUAAUCUCUGCUGGAGCCUUUCUGGUCAGUGUCUUUGAGCUCUGCAUGAUUGCAGUGGAUAAUCAAGCUGGUUUAAUUGCUUUGUCGGUUGUUGCUGGAAUCUUCAGUGGAAUUCUCAUCGGAAUCCUGCCACUGUGCUUUAUUACCUUGACCACAGACAAGUCCAAAAUUGGGACGCGAGUGGGAAUGGGUUUUGCGCUUUUGAGCCUUGGUGUACUUUGCGGAGGGCCCGGCGCCGGCGCCAUUCUGGGACUCAAUGAAGGAUCGAAUUGGACGGGAGUCUGGGUUUUCGCAGGUGUGGUUACGUGCGUAUCUGGUCUUGGAUUCCUUGCUCUUAGGAUCAAGGUGUACGGCAUGAAGUCAAUCCUGAAGGCCUAA